CGCGACUGCUGCUUGCACCCGCACAGCCCCGACGCGGCACCGCACAAGCUCAUCUUCUUCAUCGCACUCGACCGCCAACUCGGCUCUUCGCAAGAUGCGUAUCGUCAUCAAGGGAGGUGUCUGGAAGAACACGGAGGAUGAGAUCCUCAAGGCGGCCAUCUCGAAGUACGGCAAGAACCAGUGGGCCCGCAUCUCGUCGCUUCUCGUGCGCAAGACGCCCAAGCAGUGCAAGGCGCGCUGGAUGGAAUGGCUCGACCCGGCCAUCAAGAAGACCGAGUGGUCCAAGGAGGAGGACGAGAAGCUGCUCCACCUCGCCAAGCUCAUGCCGACCCAGUGGCGCACCAUCGCCCCAAUCGUCGGUCGCACCGCCAACCAGUGCCUCGAGCGCUACCAGAAGCUCCUCGACGAGGCCGAGCGCACCGAGAACGAGGAGCUCGGCCUCGCCGGCGUCGACGACGCGGGCCCGAGCGCCGACGAUGUGCGCCGUCUGCGCCCCGGCGAGGUCGACCCGGAUCCUGAGAACAGGGCGGCGCGCCCUGACCCGAUCGACAUGGACGAGGACGUGGCGGCGGUGCUGUCCGAGGCGCGUGCCCGUCUCGCCAACACGCAGGGCAAGAAGGCCAAGCGCAAGGUUCGCGAGCGGCAGCUCGAGGAGGCCCGUCGUCUCGCCAUCCUCCAGAAGAAGCGCGAGCUCAAGGCCGCCGGCAUCCUCAUGCGCGCCAAGCCCAAGAAGAACGGCAUGGACUACAUGGCCGAUAUCCCGUUCGAGAAGCAGCCCGCCGCCGGCUUCUACGACACGAGCGCCGAGCAGUCGAAGCGCCUCGCCGCCCCGACCGGCCGCACCCUGCGCGAGCUCGAGGGCCAGAACCGCAAGAAGGAGCGCGAGGACGCCGACACGCGCGACAAGAAGCGCAAGGCCAAGGACGCCAAGGACGCCAACGCCGACGCCAUGUCGCACUUUGUCCCGAGCAAGGACGCGCUCCUCCAGCAGCGCCGCGAGGAGCAGCAGAUCUCGAAGCGCCGCAAGCUCGUCCUCCCGACGCCCCAGGUCUCGGAGCGCGAGCUCGACGACCUCGUCAAGAUUGGUCGUGCGGGCGAGCAGGCGCGCGCCAUGGUCGACGAGAGCGGCAACGAGGCGAGUCAGGGCCUGCUCGGCGAGUACUCGGCGCUCGGUGCCGCCCGCGACGCACGCACGCCCAGGACCGCUCCCGAGUUCGACAACGUCAUGGCCGAGGCGCGCAACCUGCGCAACCUGACGGCGCAGCAGACGCCGCUCCUCGGCGAGGAGAACACGCCGAUGCACGAGCUCCAGGGCCGCACCGGCUUCGAGGGUGCGACGCCUCGCGGCGCCGUCGCCGCGACGCCCAACCCGCUCGCGACGCCGUUCCGCGCCGGCGCGUCGGACGCCGGCGACCCGAGCGCGACGCCGGCCUCGUCGGUCGGCGCGACGCCGCUGCGCACGCCGAUGCGCGACACGCUCAGCAUCAACGACGAGAACGCGUCGCAGUACGGCCUCACGCCGCGCGACGAGCGCCACCGCCAGAACGACGUCAAGCGCCAGCUGCGCGCCGGCUUCUCGUCGCUGCCGCAGCCCAAGAACGAGUUCGAGCUCGUCCUGCCCGAGGAGGAGGACGACGAGUCGGGCGCCGCUGCGGGCGACAGCGCCGAGGUGCAGGCGGCGAUGCGCAUCGAGGACCGCACCGAGCGCGAGGCGCGCCUCAAGCAGUUGCGCGAGCACGAGGAGCAGCUCGCGCUUGCUCGCCGCAGCCAGGCCGUCAAGCGCGGCCUGCCCCGGCCGCUCGACGUCGACGCGGCGGCGCUCCUCGCCCAGCUCGACCUCGAGGCGCAGGACGCGCCCGCCGACCAGCGCGAGGACAAGUGGCGCCGCGAGGCCGAGCGCGCCGUCACGGUCGAGAUGAUCCGCCUCCUCGAGCACGACUCGGUCGCGUACCCUGUCGCGGGCAGCAAGCGUGCCGGCGGCGGCAAGCCGGCCAAGCUCGCCGCCAUCGCCGACGACGACCUCGCCGCCGCGCGCAAGCUCGUCCACGACGAGGUGGCGCAGGCGGCUGGCCUCCCCGGCGCGUCCGACAAGGUCCUGCGCCGCGCCGUCGCGCUCGCGCCCGAGGACUUUGACCGCCUGUGGCGCCCGUCGUGCGAGCGCCUGGCGUACGACGCGCGCACGGACCGGUACGUCGACAAGGCGUCGCUGUCGGACGAGGAGCGCAUCGCGGGCCUGCGCAGCCUGAUCGAGUCGAACCGCGACAAGAUGGCGAGCGAGUCGGCCAAGGCGGCCAAGGUCGAGAAGCGGCUCGGGCAGACGCUCGGCGGGUACGUCGCGCGCAGCAAGGUGCUCGCGGGCAAGCUCGGCGAGGGCCACGACGAGCUCGCGCGAACCCGCAUCGAGCUCGAGUCGUUUGCGCGCCUGGCCAACAACGAGGACGGGGCCGUCGUGCGCCGGCUCGAGGCGCUGCGGGACGAGGUCGACAAGCUCGAGCGCCGCGAGCGCGAGGGCCAGGCGCGCUUCAAGGAACUGCUCGACCUGCAGGAGUCGCUCGAGCGCGAGUGUCAGGAGCUCGAGCUCAUCGAGGCCGAGGCGCUCAACGAGCGCGCGCUCGCGUCGAUGGAGGAAGAGUGAGCGCGAGGAGGGGGAGGUGGGGGUUGUUCGUGCUUUCGCGGGUCGCGCCCUGUGCAACGCUGUACAUCGUCUCCUUC